GUUCAACAAAGAAGACCAGCUGGAACCGCAGAGAAGUGAGUCCAAAAAAAGACGAGUUCAUCUGAGAGGAAGAGGCGGUGAGAGCAGAGCGGAGGAGGCUGGAAGAGUUGGACCUCCGUCAGACUUGGCCGGGACUAAUGAUGGCGCUCCGCAUGCUGGUGGUCUGCUGCAGCUGCUGGCUGCUGCUCACAGCUGCUGAGAUUCCAAAUAUCAUCUAUCCGUUCACCUCCACCUGUGCAGUCGAAGGAUCCACCGUCACCCUCCCCUGCAGCUUCACACCCCUGACGUCUGUCACUGAGGGGAGGAAGACCAUUUACCGGAAAAUCGUCCGAGUCGUUUGGUGCAGGAACCAUCUGAUCUGCCACGGUCCAACCCCGACUGUAUAUGACAGUGAAAUACAGAGAACAUCUCGUUUUCAGUACCUGGGAGACAUGGAGACAGUCUGUACUCUACAGAUCUGGAACAUCCAGAGUUAUGAUGGGGGAACCUUCCGCUUCAGGAUGGAAGUUAAUGAUACUGUGGGACAUUUUACAAACCGAACAGGAGUCACAGUCAAAGUUUCAGACGGGGUCCAGAUGGAGAUCAGCAGCUCUGGAAAUCAUUCAGAGCUCAGAAAAGGUGGAGCAGUCACACUGAGGUGCUCGUCACACUGCACCACCCACCGGCUGGAGGUCACGUGGUUCAGAGAUGGCCACGCCCUCCCAGAGUCUGGCCCCGCCCUCCAGCUCAGCCCUCUGAGCGCAGAGCAUUCUGGGAACUACACGUGUCGACUGAAGGCCAAGGCGAGGACGACGUCGCAGCCGUUCAGCCUGAAGGUGGAAGGUCUGGAAGGUGCCAACCCGGCCCUGAUCGCCGGUGUGACCUGUGGUGUCCUUCUGGCUGGAGUCGCUCUAAUCGUAAGCCUCGUCUUCAUCCGAAGGGCGCGAGCAGCAGCAGCAGAGAAUUCCAGAGCUGAAGAGCAAACGCAGCAGCAGGACACCAGCCGGGAGGUGGAGGACGUGAGCUACGCCUCCGUCCACUUCAAACAGUUCAACCAGGCCAGGAAAGCAGUUCAGGACGAGGACGCCGUGAUCUACUCCUCUGUCUCCGGCCGAGGCUGAAGUCUGCAUCUUCAGUGUUUUACGGCACCGGUUUGUGGUGAAGGUCCCUGUUUCCCAAACUGUGGCUGAGGACCUAAAGUGGGACUCCACUUUGUUCCAGACGGAGCAGUUUGACAUAGAGAUGAUUCAUCCAAACUAUUCAGUCUGAUUCAGAUCUGCGGAACAGCUGAGGAACAGCUGAGGAACACCUUCUCCUGGCUGUGUUGAGUUCUUCAGAUUCAGUCAUGUAGAGACGUUCCGUUGGUUCUGAGGAGGUUUGGGAAUGUUCCUUCUCUCUUUCAUUGACUCCCUGAAAUCCAGAACCCUGCUGUCGCGUCUCCAGAUAAAUUCUGUUCUUAACAUGAAGAACGUUCCUGAAGCGCGGCCACAAACCUGAAGAUUGUUUUUCUACUGUAUUCUAAUAGAUUU